UAAUAAUAACAUUAAGUUUAAUAUUUAUUAAACAGGAUAUUAAGGAAGUAAAAAGGUGAAUAAGUGAAAAAGAGACAAAAUGGAACAAAGAGUUGUUGAAGAACAGGUUGAUAAACUUAAAUUAGUGGAGAAUAUUGCAGAAAAGCUACCACCAAGUCUGUUGAUAUGUCCAUUCUGCGCUGAAGAGUAUUUAUUUGAUUUUACGAUUAAAACACAUUUAAUAAAAGAGCAUAUUGAGGAAAUUAUGGAGCUUGAUAAAUGGCCUGUUCAGCAUUAUUUUUGUCCUUUCUGUGAUGCUAUGGUUUAUUAUAAGUCAAUUCUUCCUAAGCACAUUGCAUUUAGUCAUUCAAAAAAGGCACUGGAUGAAUGGUUCUCAAUUAAUGACAACUUACAGAAAUUUCAAAUUGACAAGGAAAAUCAACUGGAACCAAGUAUUAAGUUUGCAGACUGUUCACCUGGAUUAUCAACAUUCUUUAAUGAAUUAGACACUUGCGAGAGUAUUAAGAAGUUUAAGAGAAAUGACAAUAGUGUUGUUAACACACCAAAAUCGAUACUUAAGAAGACACCACAUUCUGGUAAAAUAGUAAUUUUAUCGCCCGAAUCUGUAGCUUUAAGACGUACUAUUAAUAACUUAAAAAGAACGGCAAGUGCUCGAAGAGAACUUCGAUUCGAUUUACCACCAAUUUCGCCUGAAUUUAAGCCACAAGAGACGCUUCCAAUGCUUGACAUUAAUUCUACACCGACGAAAAAGAAUUCUGGAUUCUGGAGCUUCCUUAAAAAUAGAUCUAAAAGUCCUCCACCGAUUAAUGGAAAAAUUAAGAAGAAAAUCCGAAAAAAGUCUUGCAAAUUAUCAAAUCGUUCAGCAAAUUCCAUAAUAACCAGUACACCAAUGUCUCUAGACUUUGAUGGAUAUGAAUCUGACGGAUGUGAUGAGCUAGAAAACUCAAUUGGAGGAAACUGGAAGUCAGCAAUGAAGACGAGUGAUUUUAAACCACUAUUCCUAUCUGCUGAACGUUAUCAAUGCAAUUUAUGUAAAAACAAGUUUGAUUCCAAUUGCGAGCUACUUACUCAUCAAAAAGAGAAGCACAAAUGGAUAAAUCUCAAGCCUAAUUUUCGUUGUGGAUCUUGCGGAGCGAAAUUCUUUCGGAACAGUCUACUUGUUAAGCAUUGUCAUCAUCACCAACAAAACACACCCAUUAAGCAUUAAUUUUUUCAUAUACUAUAUAUCAGGCUAUUAAAGACAUUCAUUUUGGAAAUGAAAACACUCUGACAACAGUCGAUUAAAGGUCUUGAUCGAUCAAGCUUUGAACUACAGAAGAUGCACAAAAUUUUAUUCUUUUCAUCAUCCUUAUUUAAAUUCAUUUAAUUUAUACACACACUCAU